AGCCAAAAUUACUGAAAAUAAGAUCAAAUUAGCCUUCUUUACACUUUCCCGCAAGUGAGAUUUAUUUUCCCUCCCUGUACUCGAUCUCUCCGUCCCCAUAAUAAAAUCAAGGUUCAAUUCUCCGCUUUCCCACCCUAAAUCCACACAUCUCAAACAACUCGUUGUUUGAUUUGAGUAGUUGAGAUGGGAGGAGGAUUUAGAGUGCUGCAUCUGGUCAGACCGUUCCUUUCCUUUUUGCCUGAAGUUCAGAGUGCUGAUCGGAAAGUUCCUUUUAGAGAGAAGGUCAUAUAUACUGUUAUUUCUCUCUUCAUCUUUCUCGUGUGCAGUCAGCUACCACUUUAUGGGAUACACUCUACCACCGGUGCUGAUCCAUUUUAUUGGAUGCGUGUUAUUCUUGCAUCCAAUCGUGGGACUGUAAUGGAACUUGGGAUUACUCCCAUUGUUACUUCUGGAUUGGUGAUGCAAUUAUUGGCUGGGUCUAAGAUCAUUGAAGUCGACAACAGCGUUCGUGAGGAUCGUGCUCUCCUAAAUGGAGCCCAGAAGUUGUUGGGCAUUCUGAUAGCUGUCGGUGAGGCUGUUGCUUAUGUGCUAUCUGGGAUGUAUGGUAGUGUCAGUCAACUUGGGGUUGGAAAUGCGAUACUUAUUAUCAUUCAACUAUGCUUUGCUGGAAUUAUUGUUAUCUGCCUUGAUGAGCUCCUCCAGAAAGGAUAUGGUCUUGGUUCUGGAAUCUCCCUUUUCAUUGCUACCAAUAUUUGUGAAAACAUAAUAUGGAAGGCAUUUAGCCCUACAACUAUCAAUAGUGGCCGUGGAGCUGAAUUUGAAGGUGCUGUUAUAGCUUUGUUCCAUUUGCUGAUCACCAGGACAGACAAAGUCCGUGCUCUUAGGGAGGCUUUCUAUCGGCAGAACCUUCCAAAUGUUACCAAUUUACUUGCUACGGUCUUGAUCUUCCUUAUUGUCAUCUAUUUCCAAGGUUUCCGUGUGGUUUUGCCUGUGAGGUCAAAGAAUGCCCGUGGGCAACAAGGCUCAUAUCCAAUUAAGCUUUUCUACACCUCUAAUAUGCCCAUUAUUCUCCAAUCUGCUCUUGUUUCCAACCUUUAUUUCAUCUCUCAGUUGCUGUACAGGAAGUACAGUGGAAAUUUCUUUGUCAAUCUGUUGGGGAAGUGGAAGGAAUCUGAAUAUUCAGGUGGCCAGUUUGUUCCAGUUGGUGGUCUGGCCUACUACGUCACUGCUCCAGCAAGCUUGGCCGAUAUGGCAGCCAAUCCCUUCCAUGCUUUGUUCUAUCUGGUUUUCAUGCUUUCAGCCUGUGCUCUAUUCUCAAAAACUUGGAUUGAAGUUUCAGGGUCUUCUGCCCGAGAUGUGGCUAAGCAGCUUAAGGAACAACAAAUGGUUAUGCCAGGACAUCGUGAUUCAAAUCUACAGAAGGAACUGAACCGCUACAUACCAACAGCAGCUGCCUUUGGAGGAAUGUGCAUUGGUGCAUUGACGGUUCUUGCUGAUUUCAUGGGAGCAAUUGGCUCUGGAACAGGGAUAUUGCUUGCAGUUACAAUCAUAUAUCAGUACUUCGAGACUUUUGAGAAGGAAAGAGCCAGUGAACUUGGCUUCUUUGGCUUCUAAAUCAAUUAGACUGUUUUAGGUGAUGGUAGGCGCCUAGGUGGUCCUCAAGGUUCUGGCUGUUUUAGUGGAGAGAUAUAAAAGGAUUGACCCUGUUAACCCAAAAUACCUAGGGAUGGAGAAUAUACCGAGUUAGUGACUUCAUUAUUUCUCCUUUCAUGUGACCUUCAUAUGUAGAAUCACCUUCAGGAAAAUGAUUGGACAAAUCUUUGGAAAGGCACCGAAUGCAGUCCCAUCUGUUAUUUACUGUUCAUUUGCCCUAGCAUUUGAGGGUUGAUAAUUUGAAAUUACAAUUGAGAAUCCAUCAAACAAAUGUUUUUGGAAUC